AUGGAGGCGAUGGGGAGUGAGAACCGCACCUCGGUCUACGAGUUCAUCCUGGUGGGUCUCUCUGGCCGGCCGCGGACGCAGCGCCUCCUCUUUGUGGCCAUCCUGGCCACCUACCUGGCCACCAUGGCAGGCAACCUGCUGAUCGUGGGCUUGGUGCGGGCCGACUCGCGCCUCCACACCCCCAUGUACUUUUUCCUCAGCCACCUCUCCUUCCUGGAGAUCUGCUACACCAGCUGCACCAUCCCCCAGGCUCUGGCCCACCUCCUGACCCACAGCAAAUCCAUCCCCUUCGCUCGCUGUGCCGCCCAGAUGUACCUUGCCCUCUCGCUCGGCAGCACCGAGGCCAUCCUGCUGGCCGCCAUGGCCUACGACCGCUUCGUCGCCGUGUGCUGGCCGCUGCGCUACGCCGCCCUCAUGGGGCGGGGCCGUUGCUGGGCACUGGCCUUGUCCUCCUGGGCUGCUGGGUUCCUCCUCUCGGUGGUCAACGCGGCCUGCACCCUGCGGCUGCCCUUCUGCGGGCCCAACCGGGUCAACCACUUCUUCUGUGAGCUGCCGGUGGUGCUGGAGCUGGCCUGUGCCAACACGCGCCUCACAGAGGCCGUGGUCUUCGGGGCGGCCGUGCUCAUCCUGCUGCUCCCGCUGGCCGUCAUCCUGGCCUCCUAUGGCCUCAUCCUGGCCUCCGUGCUGUGGGGACAGGUGGCCGCCGGGCGACGCAAAGCAUUCUCCACCUGCGCUUCCCACCUGGCCGUGGUGGCCAUCUUCUACGGCACCGUCAUCUCCAUGUACAUGAGGCCCCGCUCCGGUGCCGUCCCUGACCGGGACAAGCACAUCGCUGUUUUCUAUAUCGUGGUCACGCCAGCCCUCAACCCGCUCAUCUACACGUUGAGGAACAAGGAGGUCAAGGGGGCCGUGGCCAAGCUGAUGCACAGGGCUGGAUUGGCCAAGAAGUCCUAAGCGUGGCCACGCUACCCGAAUGUGGACCUAAAAU